AUGUCCUUCUGGGAAAACAACAAGGGAACUUUUAAAGCAGCAGGUCGAUCUGUUGCUAAUGGUACCAAAGCCGUUGGUAAAGCUGGUGUUAGAACCUACAAGAAAAAUGAAGCAAAAAGAAACGGGGUUGAAUACAAUGAUCCAUAUCCUCAGGAGUCUAAAAGUGGUGAAACUUAUAUACCUUAUCAAGCCAAGGCAUUACCAUCUAAAGAAAAAUUACUAUCAUACCAACCUCCACCUAAACGAAAUGUUGGUGUCCAUUCUAUACCAAAAAGGGGCGAAUCAGCUCAAUACGUUAAUCCCACUGUAACAAGUACUGUGUCUGCGCCCCCUACACCGGUCACUCAACCUCAAUACCAACAACCGCAAGCUCAACAACCAGUUCAGUCCCAACCACAGCAAGAAGAACUUCCAUUAUAUCAGGUUCAACCUCUUGCUGAACCCCAAGCUCAAGUUCAACACCCAGCCCCGGCUCAACCACAAAUUCCGACUUAUAACCAAAACGUCCAGGACACCCCACAUCAGCCUUUACCACAAGUACAGAUUCAACCAGUGCAACCUCCGCAGCUUGUGGCUCCUCCACAGUUACCUCUGAGAAGUGCUGUCCCUCCUUCACUUCCUUCAAGAAAUUCUUCGGCAACUAUCCCUCAACAAAGUUCUACCGUGACACCAGUGGUUACUCAACAACCAGAUGUGGCACCGGUAAAACCUAAACCGGUCUUACGAGACCCAACAUCAUUUGCUCCUCCACCACGAAGAGUUGAUCUUCCACCAUUGAGGUCAAGCAGACAUGGCAGUCAAAAUAGUGUUCCCCUGGUAUCUUCUGCUGCUGCAACCCAGCAGGAUGCAAGUUUUGGAGCUCCUGUGGCGCCAAUUACGACCACUGAUAGUGAAUCUUCUACUCCAAUCAAGAAGAAGCCUCCAAAACCAAAGAAAUUACAGGUUGAUCAACCAUUACAACAACAAACCCAGACAGCUCAGGGUCAAGGUCAACAGUUUAAUUUAAAUGCCUUUCCAAAUCCCCGUAUGCCACAGACACCUGAAACUGAGGAACAAGAAGAAGAAGAUUAUACAAACCCGCCAAAGCCACCCCGUCCCCAAAAUGAAAACCGUACUCUACCACCAAUGCCUGUGCGCAGAACCACCAAUGAAGAUAUUGCUCCACCACCCAUGCCAGCUCGUCAUAACAUGAAUGAAAGCACACCUCCACCUAUGCCUAGUCGAAACCAAGCUGAUGCAGUGGCAGCAGUUUCUCAAAAGAAGGCGCCUCCUCCAAAGCCGUUGAAAAAGCCAUCCACUCUUGAUAGUUCUCCGCCACCGUAUUCAAACAACCCUGCCUCGAACUCACAAGGAGAUGUUCUGAACGAGUUGAACAGUAUUUUUCAAAGAAUGAAUAUGAAUAAGAAUUCUGAUAAUCUGGUUCAUCAAUUAGAGCCUAAAGAAAAACCAGAGGUGGUAAUCAAACCGAAGGUAAAACCAGAGAUAGCAGCAAAACCAAAGAUAAAUCCAGAGAUAACAGCCAAGCCUGUAAUAGAAACAAAAUCUGAGCGCUCAAAGCCUCCUGUUCCGGUACAUAGAGAAAGAACUCCACAGAAAUCGCCCACUCCUCCUCCUGUUCCACCUUCAAGAAAUUACAGUAGAGCGCCAGCUCCCGUUCCUGUUCCAACACCAGUUAUUUCCAAACCAAGUGGUCCUCCUCAAUUGGAUUUGGAAUUACACACCGGGUGGUUUGCCAAAAGAGAUGGACCUUUGCAGUUACCUAAGGAUUUAGAGGGUUUGAAUUACAAGACUACGUUUCUGACAGGUAUGGGAAUUGGAGGCAAACAGACCUUCAAUAUAACUGCAAGGUUGAAAGAUUUAUCCAUAAUCACGUAUAAAUUUGAAUACAGUAGUGGCAACAUUAAUGAUGUGAAUGUGGUCAUUGGUAAUUUUGUUCCUUCUCCAUUGGAGAAGAUCCCAACAAAGGAAGAGUUAGUUGCAAAUCAUGAACGUUUUGGUGAAUAUGUUGCGGGAUGGUGUGAACAUCACAAGGGUAAAACUGUCGGACGUGGUGAAUGUUGGGAUUUAGCAAAAGAGGCUUUGCAAAAAGGGUGUGGCAAUCAUGCAUUUGUUUCUACUUAUGUUAUUCAUGGGUAUCCUAUUUUACAAGUUGCUAAUUCAGGAAGUGGUAUUCAUUUUAUCAAUAGCAACCAACAAUUAGAUGAUAUAAGAAGAGGUGAUAUUUUGCAGUUCAAGACUUGUACAUUUUUUGAUCCCGCUACUGGAGUUACUGGAACAUGUGGUCAACCAGAUCAUACUGCCAUUGUUGUCAGAAAAGAGGGUGAUAAAUUGAUCUUGCUCGAACAAAAUCUGGGAGGUAGACGAUAUGUUGUCGAUGGCGAAUGCAUUAUUAAGAACUUGACACAAGGUGAAAUGUACGUCUUUAGACCAAUGCCAAAAGAAUGGGCCGGUGAAUUAUAA